UGUGUUCUGACUGUAGGAAGCUGAAGACUUCAUUUGCAUCUUAGAUCUUCCUGAAGCUUCUUCUCUAGGUACAUAAAUAUUCACAAUCUCUUCCAUCUGCACCCACAGACAGAGCGACCCAAAGACACCACAGCCUACAAGACGUAUCAUCCUGAGGAUCCAGAGAUGCUGUUCCUUAGUGUCUUCCUGCUUUUCCUGGUAGCUACAGAUGCUGAGAUUUUCCCCAAAGUUUGUAUCCCUCCGGGAACCAAAAACUUUCCGGUCCCUUGCUGUCCUCUGUACAAAGGAACUCCUUGCGGAUCGGGCGAGAAUAGGGGCAGUUGUGUGUCUACAAGUCUUAGCCGGUCACUGCCACCACCAGAUAAUCUCAAUGAUGAGAGAGAAAACUUCCCUGCACGUUUUUUCAGUUCAAUAUGUCAAUGCAAAGACAACUUUUAUGGCAUCAACUGUGGUAAAUGUUUUGGUAACCGUUAUGGAGAUAACUGUGAAAACCAAAGAAUCCUCAUCAGGAGCGAAUUCCGAGAGAAGAGUGAAACUGAACAACAAUUAUUCUUGGCUCAAAUGGAUUUCUGCAAAUACGAAAUUGAUCCAGACUAUUACAUCCUCAGAGCAGGAGAUCGUUUACGCAGCGGGACCUUCGAGUUCCUCAGUGCCUCUUAUUAUGACGUGUGGUGUUUUGGUCAUUACUACGUUUCAAAGUCAUUCCUUAUCAAUGGAACAGAAACCUCUAGAAUCGACGGUGCACACCGCAGCACCGCAUUCACGACCUGGCAUCGACUCUUCUUAAUUCAUCUGGAAAAGCGAAUGCAAGAAUGCCUCAAAGAUCCAACAUUUGCUCUUGUAUAUUAUGACUGGCGAUCAGAGAAACAUUGUGCCCUGUGCAAUAAUGAUCUUCUGGGAGCGAGCGAUGACCAGGGUUACCUCCAUCCACAAAGUAUCUUCGCAGAAUGGAGGAUGAUUUGUGCAAGUUAUAGAUAUGGCUCAACAUAUUGCCUAAUGUCCGACUGCAUUUGUGAACGACCAAAGAUUACCCGACGACCCGGAGCAGCAGUAUCCUCUAGCAUACCAACCAUAGAGGAUAUAGACUACUGCCUGAACCUUCCAAAUUUUGACACCGAACCUUACACUACCAGUUCAAGAAGAAGUGCUCGAAACUGCAUUGAAGGCUUCGUGAAUCGGUUUGAGCUUCCAGGCACAGCUGCACACAAUAUGUUCCACGUGUACUGUGGAGGAACAAUGAGUCAAGUCCCCAUCUCCUGCAGUGACCCCAUAUUUGUACUUCACCACACAAUGAUCGACAAGUAA